AUGGGAACUCCAAAAGACAAGGUAAAAUUCAAUGUUGGUGGCAGAAUCUUCGAAACUACGGCUACAACCUUAGCAAUUGCUGGCGAAAAUUCACUCUUUCGAGCUAUGUUAGAUGAGAAUUGGAACGUGCAUUCAGAUUCAGCUAUGACUGAAUACUUCAUAGAUAGAGACCCUGAUUAUUUCGCCGUCCUUCUUAACCUGCUCAGAACAGGAGAGCUUUAUAUUCCUCCGAAGAUAGAUAAACAUCUCCUAUACAGAGAGGCAGAAUAUUAUGGCAUUCUUGAUCAUGUCAGGUUAGCUAAAUGGGGUCCGUUUGAUGGAAAUAGGGCCCAGUUGGCACAGCCCAUAAUGAACUGGUCAGCAGCGAAUGGAACUCUUGCAUACACUAUUCGAGCUAGUCCGAGGGGAUGGUGCUGUCUGGCUCAGGGUAGUGUUGUUCGUGUGUACGACUGGAUGCUUGAAGAACAUCCUAUAAUACAUAUUGCACACCAUAAGGUGAGAGACAUUUGUUGGGUUGAUGACAAACAUAUUGUGAUAAGCUCUGAUAAAAGACUAGCAAAUGGAGGCAUGAGGCUAUUCAAUGCAUCCACAGGGGAAUCAAGGUGUAAAUUUCAAGUUACAGAUAAAUCGAGCGGUUUAGCUCCAUUUUCCACAGCAAGUACACUAGAUUUUGGCUCAGAUUACAAGUUGUUCUCGAGUUGUGAAAACGGUGAUGAACACCAUGGGAUUGGCAAUUGGGAUCUAGUCACAGGUAAGCUGAUAAAUUUCCACUGUAGUCCACCUCAUCUCUCACUUAAAAAGGCUAGCAGACUUCAAUGGUUACCUGGUACCAACUGUUUGAUGGCCUUUUAUUUGGAUUGUGCAAAGGUUGAUAUCAUCUUGUUUGACUUUAGAGAUAACACUAUGGUUCGGUUAUUGACUGAGAAGCACGACAGACCUUGUGAUCGUACUAUUAAAGAUGCAAUAGUGAUAGAGGAGACUAGUUCAAUUUGUGCAUUACGUUGGAAUGGAGCUUUAGGUUUCAUGGAUUUGAGGAGUACCGCUAGAGGUGUAAAUUGGAGAAAUACGGAAGAUCCUUUUGCUAGUCCGUAUUUUCCCAAACUGGCAUAUCACGAAGGGCAAUUGUUUUCAUCGUUUAACAAUAGAAUUUCAGUGCAUUCUGGUUCUGAUUGGCUUCGAACAUCACAGCUUAGACAUAGUGAUUUUGGUGCAAUUCAUGAUUAUUCAAUUGGUGGUAACCGUCUUUUCUCUCUGCAAAGUACAGGAAAUAUAAUAAAUGUAUGGGAGACCCCUCGUCCACCAAUUAUAUAA